AUAGAUGUCGAAGGUGAUUGGAUGGCAGAUAUGGCAUUCCAUUGCAUUCAAGAAAUGGACAUUGACAACCGGAUGAUGCUUUAUCAACAUAUUGUCCUUAGUGGAGGAAUUACCAUGUAUCCUGGUCUGCUAAGCCGGCUGGAGAAGGAAAUUCUUGAUUGCUAUCUGGAUAUAGUUCUAAAGGGAAACAAGGAUGGGCUUACGAAAUUACGACUGCGGAUAGAGGAUCCUCCUCGCAUAAAGCACAUGGUCUACCUGGGAGGUACCGUACUUACUGGAAUCAUGAAGGUACUUUCCCCCCUCAUCAUCUUCACUUUUCUGUCCUAUACAUGCAUUCUCAUGCUGAAGCUCUCAUGCUGA